AUGUCUUAUGGCCAAGUGUCACAGUGGCUUCAGGCAGUGGCUGUGUACAUGCUAACUAGCUCGUGGGCUCUGUAUUCCCUUACAGAUAUCGCCCACACGAGCCAGAAAUUAGAAUGUCUCCUCGGAAUACUUGAAACCUUGCGCUACCAAACCGAGGGUCGUAUAUUUCAAGCUGACGAGCAAAAUUUGCUCCAAAAUAUCGAGUCCUACCUUGAACAGUGCGAGGAAUGUAUCGACGAGCUUGCCGACGAGGCGAACAAGUUCGAGCAGAAGUCCACCGAUGGUAUCCGUACAGCUGCUAAAGCUACGGCCCGCCUUGUCGCCUACCCCUUCCGACAGAGCACACUACAAAAGCUCGACGAGGAUAUCGACGAGAUAGUCGCCCACUUGUCUUUAGCUUUACAAUUAUUACAACUGAAGGAUAUCGGCCAGGUUCAAGAUGAUAUCGAAGACGUCAAGGCUCUGCUCGGCCUGGUCCGAAGUAGCCAGAUCUCCUCCACCAUUCGCGAUUGGCUUCAGGCUCCCGACGCUACAAUUGAUUUCAACGAGGCGUGCAAAAAGAAGCACCCUGGUACCGGGCUCUGGUUUGUUAAAGGAUCCGCCUUCACAACCUGGCUCGAAAAGCCUGAAUCCUUCCUAUGGCUCAAUGGCUUCGCCGGCUGCGGCAAGUCGGUAUUAUGUUCUACAGCAAUCCAGUAUACCUAUCGGUAUCGAAGGUCCAAUCCACAAGUCGGUAUCGCGUUCUUCUUCUUCACCUUCAACGACUAUAGAAAGCAAAACACUUCUGCUAUGCUCCGAGCCCUCGUCUUACAACUAUCAAGCCAGAUCGAUAGAAAUUAUACUCUUCUCUCACGGUUGCAUAAUAGUUAUCUCAACGCCACGCCGCCCGACCACGCUCUUCUGGAUUGCCUACGUCAACUCGUCCGAAUAUUCCGAGACGUGUAUAUUAUCUUAGAUGCACUAGAUGAAAGCCCGCGGGAGAAGCACCAAGAAGCCGUGCUGCAGGUCUUGAAUGAUCUACGCAACUGGUCAGAACCAGGGCUCCACCUUCUUGUAACAAGCCGAGAAGAAGUAGAAAUUCGCGAGGAGCUAGAAGCAAUACCGGAGGAUAUUAUUACGAUGAAGAACGAUGCUGUCGACAAGGACAUCGCCUCUAUCGUCUCCCAGCAUCUCCGCGAUAACCGGCGACUUCGGAAAUGGAAGGAGUACUAUGGUCGAAUUGAGACUACACUUACACAAAGGACGGAAGGAUUGUUUCGAUGGGUUGAGUGCCAAUUCAAAGCACUAAUCGGUUGCCCGCAGAGUGAGGAUCUACUCGAUCAGCUGCUUGAAUCACUGCCUGACACAUUGGACGAAACAUAUGAACGAAUGCUUGGAAACAUCCCACGGACGUCCCAGGCCUAUGCUCGGCAAAUGUUAACUUUGCUCUGCGGUGCUAAGAGACCCCUGACUGUGUCGGAGCUUAUCGACGGUAUCGCCGUUGAACUUGGAGACACGCCUAGGUUUAACGCAAAGCGUAAACUUAAGGAUAGCGACGCUAUCCAGCAAGUCUGCCCUGGAUUUAUCGAAUUGGAUAGGAAUCUUAACCCUCAAAGAGUUACUGUACGCAUCGCCCAUUUCUCCGUUCAGGAAUAUCUGGAAUCGGAGAGGAUUCGCCAGCAUAAGGCCGCUACCCCGUUUAGUGUACAAAAGCAAGAUGCCGAUACGCAGAUAGCCUGCAUAUGCCUACCAAUAUUACUAAACCGUGAACUACAAAGUUUGAAGGAUUCCGAGGAAAUUCGGAAUAAAUAUCCGCUCGCACACUAUGCUGCACAACACUGGGUACACCACUUCCUAGAUAGUAGUAGAGACGAAUAUCUUGAGGAACAAGCAGCACAGCUUUGCUGUUAUUUGAGAGUUGAUACUCUAUCUGAUUUACUGAACGAUCAAUCUGGACAGUACGGGACGGCUUUACAGGCGGCGUCGGUAAAAGGCCACGAGAAGAUCGUACAGCUACUCCUAGAGAAGGGCGCCGAUAUUCACGUACAAGCUGAACAUUUCGGGACGGUUUUACAGGCGGCGUCGUACGGAGGCGACGAGAAGAUCGUACAGCUACUCCUCGAGAAGGGCGCCGAUAUUCACGUACAAGCUACAUGUUUCUGGACGGCUUUACAGGCAGCGUCGUUCGGAGGCCACGAGAAGAUCGAUAACCUCGAAGAAGACGUUUCAGAUUCUAAUACAGAUAUCGAAUCUAUGCAGAGUAUAUGCAUAGAAGAAACAGACCAGUCAUCAGACCGCCAAAGACUAUCCUACUGGCUUAACGGGGUUGGUGAAGACGAAGAUGAUAGUCUCCGGUGCGAUCCAUAUAGCUCUUUCUGGAAUGCGAACUAUACACCGCCCGAGCUGAUUCCACACAUGGGGUUCAACCCGGAAAUGGUUCAAGAAUUCGGCCUUAUUAGCGGUAAUGGUACACACCGUAUUUGCGCUGAAGAGGUAAGGACUACUAUGUCAUACCAAGCUGUCCACAUACGAAAAAAGAAGGUAUUGCAACCUUUGUUCAUUGUGGAGAGCCUCUCUUACCCGAUAACCCUACGGAUAAUAAUAUCCGCGCUGCAUUUACAAAAAUCAAAGACCAGAUUGAAUUUGAUUAUGCGGGUAGGGGUAGUAUAACGAAGUUUACAUCAACUUCGUUGAAGUUUCUCGAGUUUGUACAUGUCUCGCGUAUGCAUGGCUUAUAUUUACAACAUAUAACAUAGUCCACGGUCCAAUUGCACACUUCGGC